GUCGUUGUUUUCAUUCUCCUUUCUCGUGUGGAGGGGGUCUGGGUUACGUACAGGGAAUUCAAAAAAGAAGGAUUUGGGAGGAAAUACUGGAGAAACUGGAGUUGUUUUGGAACAUUUAUUGAACAACUGGAAUAUUUAUGAAACUAUGAAUGUACAAAGCUGAUGCGUGGAAAAAAGUCUGCUACUCCUGAACUAAAACCCCGAAAACUUAUCGUGGUCACAAGGAGAAAAGUCAUAAUGAAAUGAUGUGAUUAGGCGUAUAGAUGUGCAUGAUCGGAAAGGAUAUUAGCGUUUUAAAAAAAGUUAACAGUGGAGAUUUGUGCUGCACUUUGGGAAUAGGGUCAUUAUAAGGACUUUUUAUUUUUUCUGCUGGAACUUAGAAGCGCAUAACAUAAGUGUUUUGAAAUGAGAGCAUGAAAAAGUUGGGACGAUGGUCAAAGAGUGCGAACCGCUGUGAAGGGAAGAAAACUUUUGGUCUUUCAUUGAAGGCUGAAUUCAAAUUCAGAAUAUCUUAAACUUCCGAGACAGACUACUGACUUUUAGUUUACUGUGAGUUUAUUUUCAGUAUUUUAAGCAUUACUUGCAUACUAAAAACAACACUUUUUUGUCGCAGCAUCUUACAAAUAGAUGUCAAGACACUAGCCUUUGAAUAGGCUACAACUGCAGGGGAGCUGCAGUGAAUUUAAACUCACUUGUUCAAAGAAAAAGGAACACUUUUUCCAUUCAGUUACAAUCACCCGCGUUGGAAAUUGUGAAAACCACAAGUCCGACUUGAUUUAUUUAAUAUUUCUUUAAAGAAUACUGUUGGAAAAGGAGCACAUGUUCCAUCUGUUUGGAAAUCCUAAAACGGGAUUAUGAAUUGUCAGACAUCACUUUAUUUGCACUGUUAAUUGUGGAUUACACAGCAAUUUCCCCGUAUAUGAACCCAUUGGAAUGAUGUCUUCAGGUUUUGUGGGAAUUUACCUACUACUGGGAUUUCUACAUAUAUGCCCAGGAUCCCGCCUUCGCCAGGAGGACUCCCCUCCUCGGAUUGUGGAGCACCCCUCUGACCUGAUCGUCUCCAAGGGGGAGCCGGCCACCCUCAACUGCAAGGCAGAGGGCCGGCCCACCCCCACAGUGGAGUGGUACAAGGACGGAGAGCGGGUGGAGACCGACAAGGACGACCCCCGCUCCCACCGCAUGCUGCUGCCCAGUGGCUCGCUCUUCUUCCUGCGCAUCGUGCACGGGCGCCGCAGCAAGCCGGACGAGGGCAGUUACGUCUGCGUGGCCAGGAACUACCUGGGGGAGGCCAUCAGCCAAAAUGCAUCCCUGGAAGUGGCCAUCCUGCGCGAUGACUUCAGGCAGAACCCAUCCGAUGUGAUGGUGGCAGCUGGGGAGCCUGCUGUCAUGGAGUGCCAGCCCCCCCGAGGUCAUCCAGAGCCAACUAUCUCCUGGAAGAAAGACGCUGUACCAAUCGAUGACAAAGAUGAAAGAAUCACGAUAAGAGGAGGAAAGCUGAUGAUCACAAAUGCACGGAAGAGCGAUGCUGGGAAGUACGUGUGCGUGGGGACCAAUAUGGUGGGCGAGCGGGAGAGUGAAAUUGCGGAGCUCACCGUUCUGGAGCGACCUAACUUUGCCAAGAGACCCAGUAGUCAGGUGGUCCUGGUGGAUGAGAGUGUGGAGUUCCGAUGUGAAGCCAGAGGAGACCCUGUACCCACUGUCCGUUGGAAAAAGGAGGAUGGAGACUUGCCGAAAGGGAGGUAUGAGAUUCGUGAUGAUCACACUCUGAAGAUACGACGGGUGAUGGCAGUGGAUGUGGGCUCCUACACCUGUGUGGCAGAAAACAUGGUGGGAAAGGCAGAAGCCUCAGCCACCUUAACUGUCCACGUUGUGUCUGUACCCCCAGCUUUUGUUAUCCGUCCUCGCAACCAAGUUGUGGCAGUGGGUCGGACCGUAACAUUCCAGUGUGAAGCCACAGGCAAUCCCCAGCCUGCCAUCUUCUGGCAACGAGAGGGGAGCCAGAACCUUCUCUUCUCAUACCAGCCCCCCCAGCCGUCAAGCCGAUUUUCUGUCUCCCAGACCGGAGACCUCACAAUCACAGAUGCAGAGAGGUCAGAUGUAGGAUAUUACAGCUGCCAAGCUCUGAAUAUUGCCGGGAGUGUCAUCACCAAAGCUCUUCUGGAAGUCACAGAUGUUGUGUCAGACAGGCCCCCCCCUGUAAUUAAACAAGGUCCUUUAAACCAGACGGUGGCUGUGGAUGGUACAGUUACCCUCAGCUGUUUGGCAACAGGCAAUCCAAUGCCAACCAUCUUGUGGAGAAAAGAUGGAGUCCUGGUCUCUACCCACGAUUCCCGCAUCAAGCAGCAAGACACUGGUGCCCUCCAAAUUCGCUAUGCCAAGCUGGGCGACACUGGAAUGUACACCUGCAUUGCUUCCACUCCGAGCGGCGAGGCUACAUGGAAGGCUUUCCUCGAAGUUCAAGAAUUUGGAGUGCCUGUACAGCCAGCUAGACCAACAGAUCCUAAUUUAAUACCUAGUGCCCCUUCCAAGCCAGAAGUCACUGAUGUCACUCGGAACUCUGUCACACUGUCAUGGAAGCCAAACAUGAAUUCUGGAGCCACGCCUACAUCUUACAUCAUUGAAGCUUUCAGUCAUGCAUCUGGAAGCAGCUGGCAGACUGUGGCAGAACACGUGAAGACAGAGACUUAUUCUGUGAAAGGCUUGAAGCCCAGUGCUGUCUACCUUUUCCUUGUGAGGGCUGCAAAUGCAUAUGGCCUGAGCGACCCAAGCCCAAUAUCUGAUGCAGUCAAAACCCAGGCAGACAUUCCUCCAACCAGUCAAGGUGUGGACCACAGACAGAUUCAGAGGGAGUUGGGAGAUGUGAUUGUCCACCUUCACAACCCCACUGUCCUAUCUUCUUCCUCAGUCAAGGUUCAGUGGACGGUGGAGCAGCAGUCCCAGUACAUUCAAGGCUACAAGAUCAUCUACAGGCCCACACAGGAUGGCCAGGUGAAGUCAGAGUGGUCUGUGUUCGAAGUUAGAACACCUGGAGAAGAGAGUGCAGUCAUCCCACAGCUGAAGAAAGGAGUCAUGUAUGAAUUCAAAGUCCGUCCUUUCUUUAACGAAUUUCAAGGGACUGACAGCGAGGUCAAAGUGGCUAAAACUCUAGAGGAAGCUCCUAGCGCCCCUCCCCAGGGGGUAACUGUAACAAAGAGCGAUGACAACGGGACAGCCAUCCUGGUCUCCUGGCAACCGCCCCCACAGGAGUUCCAGAAUGGAGUGGUACAGGAGUACAAGAUAUGGUGCCUGGGAAAUGAAAGCAGGUACCACAUUAACCGGACAGUGGAUGGAUCUACAUUCUCAGUGGUCAUCCCCAGCCUGUCCCCAGGUGUCCGCUACACUGUGGAGGUGGCGGCCAGCACUGGCGCAGGAGCCGGUGUGAAGAGUGAGUCAAGAUUCAUCCAGCUCGAUUCCUAUGGCAGGAUCACUGGUAAUGAGGAGACAGUGAGCACACUCUCUCAGCAGAUUUCAGACGUUGUGAAGCAACCUGCAUUCAUCGCAGGAAUCGGAGCUGCCUGCUGGAUUAUCCUGAUGGUCUUCAGCAUCUGGCUAUAUAGACACAGGAAGAAAAGAAGUGGACUGAGCAGUAGCUAUGCAGGGAUGAGGAAAGUCCCAUCAUUUACUUUCACACCAACAGUGACCUAUCAGAGAGGAGGAGAGGCUGUGAGCAGUGGAGGGAGACCUGGCUUGCUGAAUAUAGGAGAGCCAGCAGCUCAGCCAUGGCUAGCAGACACUUGGCCUAAUACUUGCUCAAACCACAAUGACUGCAGUAUUAGCUGCUGUACCGCUGGAAAUGGGAAUAGUGACAGCAACCUCACCACCUACAGCCGACCAGCUGACUGCAUUGCCAAUUACAACAAUCAGCUGGAAAAUAAACAGACCAAUCUGAUGGUGCCAGAGUCAGGCGUCUACGGUGAUGUGGACCUGAGCAACAAGAUCAACGAAAUGAAGACCUUCAACAGCCCCAACCUGAAGGAUGGCCGCUUUGUCAACCCCACAGGGCAGCCCACACCCUAUGCCACAACCCAGCUCAUCCAGUCCAACAUUGGAAACAACAUCAACAGUGGUACUGUGGAUGUGAACGAGAAGCACUGGAAACCUUCUAUCCAACAGAAGCAGGAGGCAGCUCAGCUUCAGUACAACAUCAUGGAGCAGAAUAAGCUGAACAAGGAUUAUCGGGUUGGCGACAGCACCAUGCCAGCUACAAUUCCAUACAACCAGUCACAUGAGCAGAGCGCUGCAGGCUCGUAUAACAGUUCGGACAGAGGCAGCAGCACAUCUGGCAGCCAAGGUCACAAAAAGGGAGCCCGGACACCUAGACUUGCUAAGCAGGGCACGAUGAACUGGACUGACCUCCUCCCUCCUCCUCCUGCAAACCCCCCGCCUUGCAGAAGCACUGAGGAGUACGCCAUCACCGUGGGGGAGAGCUUUGAUCCAGACAUGCAGUGCCCAGUUCCCCCGACCAGAAUGUACCUGCAGCAGGAUGAACUGGAGGAGGAGGAGGAAGAGGAGGAAGAGAUAGAGAGGGGUCCUACCCCUCCAGUGAGGGGAGCUGCCUCCUCCCCAGCAGCCGUGUCCUAUAGCCACCAGUCCACAGCCACUCUCACGCCUUCCCCUCAGGAGGAGCUGCAGCCCAUGCUCCCAGAGUGCCAGGACAGCAUAGCACCUGCACAACACCCACACGACCGCAGGCGCCAUACAGUAAGCCCUCCACCUCCCCCAAGACCUCUUUCUCCACCUCACACAUAUGGGUACAUCUCGGGGCCAUUGGCACUGGACACCGAUGGGCCAGAUGAGGAGGGGGAUGAAACAGAUGUGGAGGUGGCCAAAGUGCACACCAGGAGGCUGCUGUUGCGAGGUCUCGAGCAGACCCCUGCCUCCAGUGUGGGGGACUUGGAGAGCUCUGUAACGGGCUCCAUGAUCAAUGGCUGGGGCUCAGCCUCUGAGGAAGACAACGCCUCCAGUGGCAGAUCGAGUGCCGUCAGCUCCUCUGAUGGCUCUUUCUUCACUGAUGCUGACUUUGCGCAAGCUGUGGCCGCCGCCGCUGAAUAUGCUGGACUCAAAGUUGCCAAGUAUUCUAUGCCAGAUUCUGCUGGAGGGCGAAGACAUUUUAUGAAUCCCCACAGCCACAGACCUACCAGCCCUGUCUCCACAGACAGCAACAUGAGUGCUGUUGUCAUGCAAAAAACCCGACCUACCAAAAAACAGAAACAUGCCCCAGUACGCCGAGAUGCCUACACAGAAGACCUACCGCCUCCACCACUGCCUCCUCCUGUGAUUAAGUCUCCCACUCACCAGUCCAAGUCCCUGCUUGAAGGCCGUCCCAUUGUGUCCCCAAAAGUGGCAUCUACAGACCAGAGGGCAGAGCGGCCAGGUGAGAAGAGAGGUGCCAACUACAGAGGUAGAGAAGGCUCAGACCCACGACAGCACUCAGAUGGACGCACAAGCUCAUCGGAGCGACGUGAGUCCCAGGAAAGGCACAAGACCCGUGGAAGCAAAGCAGUAAAACAUGAGAGCACGCCAGCCAAGUCUCGCCAGCCCCAAGCUGCUGAGGACAUUCUUCCAUAUAGCCGGCCCUCGUUCCCUGCUGUGCAUAGCCCCCGAGACCCCAGCUCAUCCAGCUCCAUGUCCUCCAGAGGUUCGGGGGGGCGGCGGAGACCAGAGCAGACAGGCGGGGGGCGCAGGAACACCUCUGACAUGGGAAUGCCUGGAAUGGGAACCUUCGAACAGGAAGAAGAAGAAUUAGAGGAGGCAGAAAGCUGAACACAACAGAGGGAAACAAGACCAAUCUGUUAAGAAGUUUUGGUAAAACAGUAUCCAGUCUUCUAAUUUUGAAUACCAGAUCUUAUGUUUGGUGAAACUAUGUACAUUGUUUCUUUACACCUGGAAAACUGACCAAUUAUUAAUGUUCUGUUCUUUUUUUAAUUUAUGAUGUCCAUUUUAUAAAAAAGUACAUUGAAAGCAAUUUAACUAGUGGUACUUUUUCAAUUUCAAUGCAAUAUGGGGUAAUAGUUUACACAGACUAUUAUGACAGAGACUGCUUUGUCAAGACUCAUUUUAAAGCCCUUUACAGUCAUAUGUUACUGUAAUAAAAAUUAGCUACAAGCAUAUUGGGGUGGCCCGUAUUGUAAAUAUUUUUUUCUUUUUUUAGUAACCUGUUGUGGUACUUAAAAUUUGUCUUCCUUGUUGUUUUUUUAUUCAAGCUGUAAAUUGUUUAAACAUUUAACCACCCCAAGAAAGUGCCACUUAUGGAUUUCAUUUUGUUUUGUUUAUAAUGCACUGUUUGAAAUUCUUGAUUUCUUUUCUUUGGUUUUAAAAGCACAAUCACUAAACUUUAUUUUAAACCAUUUUAUCUAUUAAUCUUUUUGUCUUACUGAAUAAAGUGUGACAAAAAAGUAUUGUUUAUCAUGGUGAUGUAGUUAAAGAUGAUAAGCUGGUGGCAAAGGAUAGGAGUUGCAUUGGUCACAUGAGAGCAUCCUGCUGGAGGUGUUUCACUCACAUAAAACUUCAACAUAUACUUUGCAAAAACUCAAGACAUAAUUCCUGAAGGCAGUGGAUCAACUUCUUUGAGUCUGUUUGGGACGAUGCCUUCAAUUCCCGACAUCUGUGAAAGUAAACAAUAUAUUUGAUUGCUUCAGGAAGAAAGUCCAUCAAUUUUUAAUUCAUGCGUACUGUACUGUUUUAUACAGGUGAAUAAAGCCAAUCUGAGUGCCAUCAAAUUAAUUUUUUUGUACUACAAUUUAGUUAAAAAGAGUUAAACAAUGAUUGCAUUGAUUUUCAGGUGGAAGGGAAUUAGCAUUGUUUUUCAUAUUUUUUUCCAUAUAAAAGGCAACCUCUUUCUCAUUAGCCAUUAUUUUGCAUAUUGAGGAUCACAUAAUCCUAAACAUGUAAUUUUUUCACAUUAUUUAUUAAAAAUGUCCUCAAAU